AUGUCUGAAAUUCAGAGAUGGACGGUCAAUGAGCCCUAUAUCGAGGUAGCGGGCACUCUACUCGAGGGGCCCUAUCACGAUGCGGUCAAAAACGAGUUUCGCUUCAUCGAUAUCUGGGAACAUAAGCUUUACCGACUCGAUUUGGCUCAAGGUCCCGAGUCCCUGACAUCCAAUGGCGUCACCGCCAACAUCUCGGGCGAGACCGCGAACCAACUCAUUGUCGGAGCCAAGCUUGGGUUCGCCCGUCUCGACAAGACUACCGGGAAACUUUCCUACAUCCGCCAAGUCUGGGGCGAAAGCGAUGGCCCCGGGAAGGCGGAGAGAAUGCGAUUCAAUGACGGGGCGGUCGAUAGCAAAGGCCGAUUCUGGGCUGGGGCCAUGAAUGAUCCCAAGAUCCAGUCUCCAGGUCCCGAGGGCGUGCUGUUCAGACUCGACCCGGACCUCACUCUGCACCGGAUGCUGUCACCGGUGACGAUCCCGAACGGAAUGGGUUGGAAUGCUGCAGACGACACAAUGUACUUCACUGACUCGCCAACGGGCAAGAUCUUCGCCUUUGACUUUGACGCCGCCACUGGCGCCAUUAGCAAUCAGCGCGUGCACUUUGACCUGGGCGAGCCGCUCGAGCCGGAUGGGUUCGCCAUUGACGUGGAAGGAUGCAUCUGGAGUGCUAUCUACGGGGGAGGCAAAAUAGUACGCAUCUCGCCCGAAGGCGCCGUCAUCGGGCAGAUCGACCUGCCCACGCGUAACCCGACUUGUCCAGCAUUUGUGGGCACCGAGCUGUUCAUCACAUCUGCCAAGGACGAUCGUGACGAUGAGCGAUUCCCUCAAUCGGUCAGGUACGGGGGCUGCUUGUUCAGGGUCGAGGUCGGAGUUCGCGGUCAGCCGAAGAACGAGUUUCGGUUCUAG